AUGGGGGGCUCUUGUGAUGCAAGCAUAUCCUGCGAGUUUAAUUUCACCAGAGGUGCAGAAGUGGCAUUUGACGCAGACCCAGAUAUUGUGAUCGUCUCCUUCUUCAUCACAGCUUGGUUAGCUUACGCCAUCGCCAUAUUUACCUACGUCUUGUUAGAAGGAGUGCUAGACGAAAAUUAUCUCUUCACAACGAGAUUCGAUGUCGAAAUGCAUACUAUGUUCAAGUCACUCUUCCAGAAUACGUCUUUUUCCAAUACUCUGUUGAAGAUAAGGAAGCAAGUGUCCAGAGAUUUAAUGAAAAAGGUCUGCCUGAUGUUCUGUGACCAGCAGCUCAUUACGGGUGCCUCAGUCCUGAUUGUAGGCUAUUCUAAACACUGCGACAUUACGCAGUAUCAUUUCUAUAUCGCCGCGAAUCUGGGUAUGGCCUGCUUUGCAACGUUCCAAGCUUUGCUGCCUAUUUGCGGCAGCGAGCUCCACGACGAACUGAGGAAAGGAUGGAGGAUGGCAUGGAUAUCUGCCAUUUUUGCCUGCGUCUUAGCCCUCAACUUCGUCAUCUACAACGACUAUUUCCUUGCAACGAAACAUUUUGGCCUUUCUAUGAAUUGCGUCUGGAAAGAGCUUCCGGGAUACUUUACACCCCAACUUAUGCCAUACGUUGUGAUCGGCACGCUAUUCGAUGUUUGGUCUUAUUUCAGCAUUACAAUGUAUCUAUACCCAGCAAUUAUGGAGACGCGGCCUGUGGCAUAUUUAUAUGGGAAAUGGCUUUCCUUUAUGAUGGUGCCGACAUGGUUCUAUCUCCAGGUAAAAGAGUAUAGUACAUCGAGGAAACCUAAAUUUCUCUGGUUGCUGGUGGAAGCCUUAGCGGGUCUUGUAUUUGUUAUUAUUUUCACGGUUCGCGAGCUGUUGGGUUCUCUGUCUGUAGACCUUGUACGAGUGUUUUUCUAUCUCAUUCAAAGUACAAACUCAGUUGCUUGGGCACGACAGAAGGCUGAGAGCAACGGUAGAAAAGGAUCAGAAGAUACCUGGGGUUUCGGCCAAAUUUUACCGAUGUUGCUACUAGCGCUACCGACACUUGCCUUUAUCGAGGCUCUCGCUCGUAGCACUACUCCAGCCUUUCCCAUUUUCACGACGCUAUGGGAUCAACCCUGCCAAGACAAGAUAGACGAGUAUGAAGACUCGAUGUACAGCAAAGUCCUAUUUAAAGUCUGGCUGUGCUUGGUGAUGCUCUCUCUACAUGUAGCUAUAGUGUUCCUUGCCUUUAGGCUACCUGAAGGUGUUCCUAUCUAG